AUGGGUCAGCUUCUCGGGAUGCAAGUCAUCACCGCAGCCUAUGCCCUUAUAUACCACAAGCCCCCCAGCCCAUCGCUAUCAUCGGCACAGGCUGCCGAUUCCCAGGAUCGGCCACCUCUCCCUCUCGACUCUGGGAACUACUGGAAAAUCCGCGCGAUGUCGCUUCCAAGCCCCCUCUUGACCGAUUCAAUGCAGAUGCCUACUACCAAGCUGGCAAGGCCCGGCAUGAUAGUUGCUCCUGAGGCCUACUUUCUCCAGGAAGAUAUCCGGACGUUUGAUGCCCCUUUUUUCAAGAUCUCCCCUCCGGAGGCGGCAACAAUGGACCCUCAACAGCGAUUGCUCAUGGAAGUCGUAUACGAAUCUCUCGAAAGGGCCGGGCUGCCACUGCAACACCUGCAGGGUUCAUCCACGGGAGUUUAUUGUGGAUCCAUGAGCAACUAUUACCAAUUCCUUACCGGUGCGGAUUCAAAUAUGCUGCGCCCUUUCUCACUCAUAGGUACAACACCCUCAAUUCUUGCCAAUCGAAUCUCUUACUUCUUUGAUUGGCAUGGACCUUCAUUUGUCCUGGAUACGGCAUGCUCCUCAAGCUUAGUAGCACUGCACCUGGCGGCUGAGGCUUUACACAAUGGUGACUGCUCGCUGGCGGUUGUCGUGGGUAGCAACCUAAUUCUUUCUCCAGAUCCAUUUAUUGGGGAGUCCCAGAUGCAGAUGCUGUCGCCUACAGGGCGCUGUCGUAUGUGGGAUGCUCAUGCGGAUGGCUAUGCCCGAGGUGAAGGGGUGGCCUCGCUCGUGCUGAAGCGCCUGCAGGACGCAGUUGCUGACGGUGACCCGAAUGAAUGUGUCAUUCGCUCUACUGGUAUAAAUCCUGACCGUCGUACUGAGGCACUAACCCUGCCGAACGGCGAGGCACAGCGGGAUCUCAUUCGCUCAACAUAUGCACGCGCUGGUCUGAACCCCCUUCGCCGGGAAGACCGCUGCCAAUUUUUCGAAGCCCAUGGGACAGGAACACUUGCGGGUGAUCCGCAAGAGGCAUUUGGAAUUUCUUCUGUUUUCUUCGACGAUAGCUCCCCUGCCGAUGACAACUUGUACGUGGGCUCCAUUAAGAGUGUUGCAGGCCAUGCAGAAGGCACAGCAGGGGUUGCAGGGGUUCUCAAAGCAUCACUGGCCAUCCAACAUGGUAUUAUACCGCCUAACCUGCUUUUCAACGAACUCAGUCCUCUAGUGGCCCCGUACACUUCUCAUCUUCGAGUCCCAACCCAAGCACUUUCCUGGCCAGACCUUCCAUCCGGGUCUCCGCGGCGGGUGUCCGUCAACUCAUUUGGAUUUGGAGGUGCCAACGCGCACGUCAUUCUGGGAAGCUUUGAAGGAGCUCCAUCAUCCUCAACAAAUUGCGAGCAUGUAACAUCAGAAAUACUUCCAUUUGUGUUUUCAGCUGCAUCUGAAGCCUCACUCACUGCCGUCCUACGAAACUGCGUCAAGUAUUUGGAGGAGCACCCUGCAGUGAACCUGCUGGAGCUAGCCGCUUCUCUCCUCAAGAAGCGAUCGACCUUGAGCCAUCGCCUAUUCUUCACUGCAGGCACGAUUGAAAGCCUUCGCGAGGCCCUGAACAGUGAGGUGCAACGACGCUCCGCUGAUAUGUCCGCGACCAUCACACGACGACUCACUCCCGGGUCAAAGAAAAUAUUAGGUGUUUUUACGGGUCAAGGCGCACAAUGGCCACAAAUGGGCUUAGAUGUUAUCUCCCAAUGCUCACUAGCUCAGGGUUGGAUGAAGGAGCUGCAGCAGGCCCUGGAUACUCUUCCGGUAGAGUACAAACCGACUUUUACUCUCUUAGAUGAACUGUCCGCUCCCGAUGCAACCUCUCGACUCAACUCGGCGGCAGUGUCACUACCAGUGCGUACUGCACUGCAAAUUAUUAAAGUCAACAUCCUGUGGUCACUUGGAAUAGAAUUGGCGGCAGUUGUUGGGCACUCAUCCGGUGAGAUCGGUGCAGCUUAUGCGGCACGUCGGCUGACCCUAAGAGACGCUAUUCGGAUCGCCUAUUUGCGAGGAAUGGCAGCACAGCAUGCUGGCUCUCAGGGAAAGUCUGGUGCUAUGCUAGCAGUGGACGCCAUGUGUAGCGAAACAGCCCAUUCAGGUACCGUUGUCGUGGCAGCCUUCAAUUCUCCUACCAGUGUCACAUUCUCAGGCGACAGUGACCUGAUCACUGAGUUGGAGUGGAUCAUAGAGAGCCUCGGCUAUUCUGCACGGCGUUUGCGUGUUGAUACGGCCUAUCAUUCUAGCCAUAUGAUCCCUUGUGCUGAUCCAUAUGUUCAGUCCAUGAAACAGUGCCAGAUUCAGGCGCGCCAAAGUGUAUCCGGCACGAAGUGGUUUUCGAGUGUUUUCGAGGGCCAAGUUAUGGAUAAUUUUGACAUUCAGUACUGGAGUAAUAAUAUGCUUCGCCCUGUGCUUUUCUCUCAGGCAUUGACAGCUGCUAUGAAAGAACUCUCAGGACUGGAUGCCAUUGUAGAGGUGGGACCCCAUGCUGCUCUUCAAGGACCCACCAUGCAAAUCUUGUCAGCCAUCAAACCUGACGAAGCCGAUAUUCCUUACUUUGAGAUGGCUAAUCGCAAGUUUGGUGGUAUCAAAUCCUUGGCACUCGCGGUGGGCUCUUUCUGGGCGAACCUAAGAGCCGAAACUCUGGAUGUUUUAUCAUACAUCCGGCUCUUUUCGCCGUCUAUGAAGUUGAACUAUCUUGUUGAUAUUCCCACAUAUCCAUGGGACCAUAGCCAAAGGUACUGGGCCGUCCCACAUCUAUCGAGCACACGCAUCAAUCGUCAGCAUCCCAUCCACCCCCUUCUUGGCUUCCUUCCAAUCUUCCACCUCUUCAGCUCCCUCUGGACACACCUCUUCCCCAUUCGCUACGGCGAACCUCUCUACCUCCUGCGUGACUUCCAGUUCCCUCUCUUCCUGUCCACUGUCCACCAGUACCAAAUCACCGAAACCUACCUCGUCCCUGCCAUGGUGCACAUGCUUAACCAAGCACCUCCCACUCAGGAUGUCAAAACCCGCCUCUCCUCCCUCCGAUACAUCGGCGUUGCUGGUGCCCCUAUCGAUCGUGCCUCUAUGUCUGCCUUCCAGGACUUGUUGCAUCCGGAUGCCUGUGCCGGACAAGUCUGGGAUCAGGACAAGGUGAUUUGGGAAGUAUUGGACCUAUCACUGCGGGGGGGGGAGGCAAGACUUGUGUCUGGUGCUGAAGUGGUCAAGGAUGAUGGCUGGUGGUUCGAUAUGGGCGAUGUGGCCUACAUCAAGAAUGGGGAGUAUUUUAUCGUGGGCAGGACAAAGGAGUUGAUUAAAGUGCGGGGAUACCAAGUCUGUCCUGCCGAAAUUGAAGCCGUGCUGCUCCAACACCCGCUGAUUGCGGACGUCGCAGUCAUCGGCACCUGUCUAUCGGAUGGAAGUUCGGAGGCUCCCCGCGCGUAUGUCGUCCGAGCUAGAGCCCCCGGUGCUAGAGUUAGUUCCGAUGAGGUGUAUGAUUUUGCACGUCAGCGGUUGGCGGCGUAUAAGGCGUUGGAUGGGGGCGUGUUCUUCGUUGAGAGGAUCCCGCGGACUGUCAGUGGAAAGAAUCAGAGGGGGAAGUUGGCGAGCAUGAAUGAGAGACGAGAUACGUUGGCAGGGCUGUUGGCGAGGUUUAAGACGAAGGAUGUUGGUGGGGUUAGGGGGAGGGUGUCUGUAGUGGUUUAGUGCCAUUGAUUGAGUGGGUCUGGUUAAUCUGCGAUGGUGACGCUGUUGGUUCUACUAUUUGGUUGAGUUGCUUUUGUUUGUUUCAUGUUG